AUGGACGAAGCGCAACAAGAAGCCAUUGGCUACAUUAUCACCGGCAGCGAUCCAGAAGAGGACGAGGAGGAAGAAGCAGAAAAACCACGUUCUUCUCACAAAAAACAGAGCUCGACCGCGCAUUCUUCUCCCAUCAGACGAAGCAGUCGUCCUCGCAGUCGUCCUCGCAGUCGUCCUCGCAGUCAUAAGCCUACUGGAAGAACAGGCAACGAUGAUGCCAAUCGAAGACCUCGUAGCAGCCGUGGCUCUACCGCAGCAACCCCAGCACCAUCAGCACCAUCUCUUGGGAUUGCCAUUGGAGCCAUUGCUUCAUCCGGAGAUCACAAAAGCAGACACAAGAAGGAUGGACGUCCACGUCGUCAGUCUUCUACGGACAGUUUGGAUGCCAGCAAAAGAUCUACUCACUCUAACCACUCUGGCUCUGCUCUUGUUCCUGGAGCGGUCGCUUCCUCGGGAGAACACAAGAGCCGCAAAAAGGAUGGACGUCCACAUCGACAGUCUUCUGUGGACAGUCUCAAAGACAGUCAUCGAUCUUCCACCUCGUCACCAACUCGAUCUUCUAGAGGCCAUCGAAGCAGUCGUGAUUCCAAAACAAAGGAAAAGGAAAAGGAACGACGCAGCACCAUGAGAGCCCCUCUCGCUCCAGGUGCCGUGUCGAGUACAGCAGAAGAUCGGUCCGCCCGCAAGUCUUCUCGGCAUUCGACUCAUCCUACUGCCUCCAAUUCUUCCAAACAGCAAGACAAGGAGGAUCGAGAUGUCAAACGUAAAUCGCGCCAUCACAAGGCAGCUCAUACUCCUGGUGCUCUGUCGGCAGGUCCUGGAGAUUCCAAGAGCUCCAAAGCCAAGGCCAAGGCCAAGUCAUCCCACCACGACGACAGUGAAUUGUUUUCCGCGCCAGCCACCACUGGUGGUGACUUGAAUUCCGAAGGAGAAUUUAACGUCAUUGCCGAAAUGGUAAAUGACGAUGAAGAAGAGGAACGGGCCAAGAUGGAAAAACACUUGCAAGUGCCAUCCGGUGGCGGUGAUGCUGCUGCUGCUGCUGCUGCCGGGGCGGGUGACAUGAACCACAUGGCCAGCAUGGCCAAUAUGCCACGACAAAAGAAACAAGGAUUGUCGGCCAAACGAGUUUGCGUCCUACUCGUGGCUAUACUAUUGAUUGGUGGAGGUAUUGUGGGGAUCUUGUUUGGGAUUGGCGUUCUUUCCACUGGAGGCGGCGACAACAAGGCUGCCGACCAAGCUCUACUAGAAGAGACAACAACUCCCACCGACUUGAACUCCAAUGCUCCUUCUACACUGGCACGAACCACUGAAAUGCCCAGUAGUGCUCCUACCUAUUUGGUCUAUGAGAGACCCAGUUUGGAGGAUUGCAAUUUGAUCCAACAGGGCGAAUCCUUGCCCAAUCAAUCUUUGACAACCAUGGACCGCAAUUAUGCCCUCAACUUGGAAGCCGACUUGACCGUUGCUACGAAUCCGGAGUUGCUAUACGAAUCCAUGCAAGAGUCCAUUCAGCAAACCAUCAUGCCCAAAUUGGCGGGAUGCACUGACUUGUUCGUCCAACAACAACGUCAAGGGCAGCGAGGAAGAAACUUGGCAACGACGACUAUUCAUGACCCUAGCAAGUAUUGGAUUCGCAAUGGUCUAGUCAUUACACUUCUGGAUCAAGGAACUUGCGAAAGCGAUGCGGUGGCGUGCAUCAAGGUCGAAGUGGACGUUACCAUUUUUGUACAAGACGACUCCUCCUCCCACAGCAAUCUGUACUUAAUUCGAAGAAUAUCGGAUGCCUUUAUGGAAUCUGGUGACUUGGUAAAAGAACUAGGUUUGGGGUCUCCCUUUCAAGAAAUGCGGUUCAUUGGAUUGCGGACAUUAGAUCCCACCGAACAACCCAGUCCAUCUCCGUCCCAAGUGCCAAGUCAGAUACCAACUUCGAUGCCUACCAACACGGCGUCCUCCAGCCCCAGCUCGGCUCCUGUUGACUUUCCAACGACCCCACUACCCACUUCUGCGGAUACGACGCCGGUGCCUACUUCUGCGGAUGCUACACCGGUGCCCACAAUGGAUGCAUCUCAAGCGCCAUCGUCCACUCCUACCACACCGGCACCCACCAAGGCUCCGACACCACCUCCCACGCCCUUUCCUUCCGCUGCUCCGGCUCCAGGUGUGACUUCUCGACCAACCAUCAUGCCAUCGGAAACACCCAGUAAUAUUCCAAGCAGUAUGCCCAGUAGUCUUCCCAGUGGUCUUCCCAGUCUCGAUCCUUCUUCUCAGCCUACCAGUGGACCAACCAGUAGACCAACUCUGGUGCCUACUAAUAGUCCGACAUCCGAGCCCACCUUUGGACCAACCCAUACGCCGACCAAUAAUCCAACGGAUACUCCCACAACUCCGCCUACCAGUGUUCCUACCUACGGACCCACGCAAUCUCCUUCGGAGCGGCCCUUUGAUCGGAGCAUGGACAUUGGUGACAUUUUGGCCAACUAUGGAAUUUCUCCAGUGGACUCGACGGCUUUGAAUUGGUUGAUCAAUACGGAUACUUGGACAACCGAAGGCUCGGAUUACCUAUGGGUUGAACGAUAUGCCAUGGCAGUGGUCGUUCAAAAGGCCACCAAGUCUAGUUGGAGACUAUCGGGUCAAGCGGUAUGCAAUUGGACAGGAGUUACCUGUUCCAAUGGUGUCGUCACCAAAAUAGAUUGGAAGGAUAAAGGUCUAAGUGGAAGCAUGGCAAUGGAACUUGGGCUCCUAACCACUUUGAAGACUUUUGAAACUCGGAACGAUAAGAUUGCGGAAAAUGGAAAAAUACCAGCUGCCUUCACACAAUUAACCAAUUUGGAGUAUCUGUUCAUGAGAAACAGUGGAGUGAAUCAAAUUGGGUCGGAGAUUUUGGGUAUGAGUAAUCUCAAGAAUAUUCUGCUGCGAGGAAAUCGGUUCUAUUCCGCCAUUCCCACCCAUCUCUAUUCCAUGACUAAGUUGACUUCGUUGAACUUGAAGGAAUGUAGCUUGAAGAAUCAGAUUCCAGCGCAAAUUGGACAACUCACUGCCUUGACUGUGUUGGAUAUUUCUGUAAACAACUUGAAGGGACCAUUGCCUGCGGCCUUGACUCAAGCUUCAAACUUACGACGACUUGUGGCAGGGCAAAAUCCAUGGUCAACUACACUUCCCACUUGGAUUGGUCAAAUGAAAAAGCUUGAACAGCUAUACCUUGCUUACUCUAGUAUGCAAGGAAAUAUCCCCACCCAAAUUGCGCAAAUGACAUCUUUGACAUUCCUUACCUUUACCACCAAUCGAUUCAAUGGUAGCAUCCCUCCACUUCCCCCAACUUUGCAGAGCUGCAGCAUGAAUGGCAAUCAGUUUAGCAACACUGCGAACAAAGGACCAUGUUCUGUUUAG